AUGGCUGAACCGAGUCAAUCAGCAUGUGACUGUCGUCAUUGCCCCAUUUCGAAACCAGAAUCAGAUUGUUUGUGCAAUUCAGACAUUCGCGGCUCGUUCCAUAGUGAACUGUCUGGUAACACCUCCGGUAUAUGUUCCUUUCUAUCAACCAACUUGACCGCUGUUGGUCAGAAUACUCCGGCUCUAUCUCGGUCUGAUUAUUCAUUUUCCGAAGCGGAGCCAUCGCUUUUUGACAGUUUGUAUAGUAGUCAAUAUACAUCCGAAGGACAUCCUUCACGCGAGCCACUUGCCGAGAUCGAACUGGUGAGCAUUAUCCAACCAACCAUCCGAAUCCCGCGCUACCGUCUGCGUGUGGACCCGUGCACUGCAUUCAUCGGUUAUAAACACAAGGAUUUCUCUGGAGCUCGGCGUGCCACUCAUUGUCUUUAUCGAGCUCAUCCAUUGCCCACGCGACCCUCCGACCUGACCACCAUUCCAAGCGAAGAAGAUCUGUCCGGAUCGGUUAGAGAGGAGGAUCAUCUAAGGUGCAUAUCAUCCAGUUCAACUCCGGAACCGAUCUUGUCAAGCGACGAGGAGCAGACGCCAGAGCUAACGACAGAGCAAAUCGAACGUACUUUGGAUUACUUUCUGCUGUGUGGCUUGCGCGUCAGUCAGAUGACUCGGACCUAUGAGGAUUUAGACGCUAUCACGCACUUAUUAGAAGAAAAACAAAAUGAUCUCGAACUGGCCGCUAAAAUUGGCAAAACGCUGCUAGAUAAAAACCAAGACUUGGAGCGUCGGCUUUCGGAAGCAGAACGGAAACUGAUUCUAACGGAAGACACGGUCAACCAACUACGCCACACCUUAUCUAUAAAGGACAGUCUGCUUCAGAUCUACUCCCGUGAUCACCAAGAUGACUCUGUAGACGACCACACAACUAUCUCCUCGGGUUAUAUGUCACCUUUGCUAGCCGUCGGCCAUACCUCGGACAGCACAGAAGGAUUCUCACUGGCCUCUGUCAAUUUCACUCAUCUGAAUCGAAAGGUUCGUGAGUUGGAAGAGGAGAAUUUCGUUCUACGUGAAGAGCGUAACAGACUCAAUGCUACUGCGGACCAGUUAGACGAACAUGAAAGUGCUUUAAUCCGUGACUGUGCGCGUCAACUGGUAUCAGCCAACAUGCAUAUUCGGACUCUUUCAGAUGAGCUAUCGAGGCGCUCAGAUGCAUUCCUGAAUCAACAGUCAGAGGUGACCCGAUUGCUCACCCGCGGGUUGGAUCUGGAGAACAAGGUGAAACAGCUCUCCUCCGAAAACGACAUGUUAUCCAGCCGUCUGAAUGAGUCCCAACUUGCUCAGCAACGCUUGUCCAAUGAGCUGUGUCAGCUACGGGACAAGUACGACGAAUGCAUGUCCCUGUUCACCGAGGCUCGAGCCGAAAUCCGUGCCCUCCGUAAGCGUUCUCGGCGAGCAUACCUUCGCUCUGGAUGUACCUUUUCACCUUACAGUGUGACCGGCAGCAAUUCAUCAGCAUCGACUCCGACCGUUUUUCACCCCCUCCCUUGUGCGUUCGACCAAACUGCGAUUCCGCCGUCAUCGUUCUCUUCUACGCAACCUGAUGUCAGCGAAGGAAGCAGCUCGUCGCCGGAUCCGACAGCACAGCACUCCAGCCUAGAUGGUUGCUCGUUGGCUUCGGACAUUGCCUGGACCGCUCGCAAAGAACACGAAGCGACCAAUGUCGAUCGACUGUUGCGUGCAAUGAAUCAGGCACACUGUGCCCAUGACCCAAAUGCUCGAGCUGUCACUCUGAUGCCUCCACGUGAGUACGGCCCGGAUGAUACUGUAUCCAGCAGUGGCUUCGUCAGUGGAUCAGAACCCUCUGAACUAGUGCCCCAUUCCACGUUAGGUGACAAUUCUCGCAGCCGAGAACACCAUUUACUCAGUGCCAUUCCAAACACUACCUGCGACGACGCAUUUUCGGACCAACUUCCAGACGAGCAAUUGAAGCGCCACAGUUGGUUCGGAGGCGACUCGACCACAUACGGCAGGAAGACCUCUUUUGGUAUUCGUGCCGCCACACAUCAUAACAGUCUGGAGGAAACCAUACUCCCGAGUGAUCCCUCUCUGUUGUAUGGACUAUCGAGCUUCCGAUCACCUCAGCGGCUUCAGUUAGUUAAGCCACUAGAUGGAUCCGAAGUGUUACAACAGUGGCAGCGGCUGGCCACCCCCAGUUUCACUCGUGCCUUGUUCGAAGCCCCUUUGCCUGGAGUGCAAAGUCGGGCUGGUGUACCUCAAUCAGUUGAUGUAUCUACUCCGACACAACCACAGGUUCAACACAGCCAAUCACAGUCUGGGCCCAUAUACUCUACUCCUUUACGAUCAAUUUCUUCCAGUUGCCCAGCUCAGGACGGUAACAGCCAUGCGGGAACUCUUUCCUUUCCUUCCAACGAAUCAUCCAGCCGCUUCGGUGCCAACUUACCCGCGCAUUUAACCGUGGAUAGAAUCCGCUGUCGAUCUUUGGAGAGUCUUCGCCCAUCGGCUCAUAAUCUCUCUCACCGCUUCGACGCUAAAGGCCAUCGCAAUCCGUCGGAGGCUAGUGUUACCUCUGCUUCCUCUCCAUUCUCCAUUUCGGCACUUGUCUCGGCAUUCCUCCCAUUCUCUCUGUCCUUUCGAAAUUCCUCUUCUGAGAACCACUCAUUCGUUCCGUCGGAUGAUAAGCAACUUUCCUCGGAGCCAGUCCGGAUCCGUCCUCGAUCGCCUCUGUGCUCACGAGGGUUACUGGAUGUUGCCAAAAUCGGCUCUGACCCAUCCACUUCCCUUCAGCGUGUGACUACGGCCCUUCAGUCUAGCCCGUCAGCGAGUACUAACCUCCCUUCGGCAAGACCUCCCCCAAAUCCACCGUCUUUGUAUACACGGCCUCCUCCUCCUCGUACCAUACGCACCAGUAGUCUGUCCGGCAUCCUGGAAGAGUCUGGAUCACCACCUAAGUUGGACAGCUCAUCGGCUGAAGGCGUAACAGAAACUGCAUCGUAA